AUGAGUGAAUUUAAGGACCGCAUCACCGACGUGCUGGACUUUUGGUUCGGCAAGCCUGGCGAGGCUGACUACCUGCAGAGCAAGAGAUUCUGGUACGGCAGCCCAGAAGACGACGAACUAGUGCGCAGGGAGCUGUCAGCCGACUAUGAGCGGGCUCGAAGCGGGAAGCUGGAGAGCUGGACGGACACCGUCGAGGGCUCCAUUGCGCUGAUCAUCCUCCUCGACCAGGUGCCGCGGAACAUCUUCCGCGACAAGGCGCAGGCGUACGCCACCGACGACAUGGCGCUGGAGGUGGCGCGAAAGGUGGUGGAGCGAGGCUGGGACAAGGACCAGCCCACCGUCAUUCGCAGGUACAUCUACUCGCCCUUCAACCACUCGGAGAACCUCGACGACCAGAAGAGGUCGGUGGAGCUGUUCACCGAGCUGGGCGACGGCGACCACCUCUACUGGGCAAAGAACUUCUACGACAUCAUUCUGGCGCACGGUCGCUUUCCUCACCGUGACCGCAUUCUCGGGCGCACCGGGCGUCGCACCAAGUGA